AUGGACAGCGGCCGUAUGAGAGGGUCCCCGAGGUCUUGCUCUUCUGAUGCAGUGGCGGGCAGCUGCGGUGGCCGCCAAGGCACUUCGCCGAUGGCAUCCCAUGGACAGCAGCCGCACAGCCGCAUAAUGCUCUCUCAUGCGGUGUCUGGCCCGCUAACCGAAAUCUCUCAGUUGCCCACGUCGUUGAUCAGGGCUUGUUGGUCAUCUGCUGCUUGUCGUCUCCAGUGGACUCACGGCGCGCGUGGCCUCCCCUCCGCUGCACACACAGCGUCGCGAGAUCAGGUGCGCCGUGUGUCUGUCGGUGCGGUUGUGCUUGACCAAAUGCGCCUUCUUGCCAACGUUGUCGGUGUGCAGUGCUGAUCAGAUUGACGUCCCUGCCAGGGAGAUAACAAAGAAUAUUUGCGCGCUUCACUGGCUGAAGAUCCGUCCCCCUUUCGUGAGCGUCUUAGCGUCGGCGCAGUGACAGAGGUGCGGUGCUCUGCCACAUCGCCCACGUAGAGCGAGGUGAGUGGGGCACUCCCUCAUAAAGAGCUGCCAGAUCUGCCGAGGAAGGAAAGCAGACAGGCAGAGAGCCUCCAUCCGCCCACAGCAUCGCACCGCAUCAUCCCUCCCCUCCCCUCCCUCUCUGUCUGACAGUUCCGACUCCAUCGGCGCACGAGAUCUCGUGUCGAUCUCCGCUCCGUCAGGGCUCCAAAUGUUGCCGCCCAAGGUACACACCGAGGGCAAGAGGGCAACAAGUGAUUGCCCACAUGUCUCAACAUCCACACACGUGCAGUGCUUCCAUCUCUCUGUGCCUCCCUGUCUGUGUGCCGUCAGGUUUGUGCGUUGCCGCUCGUUGCCCAUCAGGUAAGCAAGGCAACAAGGAUGAAGGCACGAACCCCACUAGCACGAGCCAAGCAAGCUGCUCUGUGACGCCUGUGGGUGUGGGACGCACGCAGGAGGCACCAGUGGUAG